GAGGUUGACGUAUUUCGGCCGAGGGUGAAGUACACAAAUUGUCGCAUAUAAGGCGGUGUGGGACACGUCAGGCGUAACUGCAGGUCAGUGACGGCUGGAAACACUGCAGUCUUGUAUUUUCUAUACAUUAUUCAACAAAUUUUCAGUAAAUCCCCAGUUUUGGACAUGAACACCGACGAUUACAAGAAGUACAACAUUUUGGAAAAUAUUUUUCAAAAGAUAAAUCAGAAGUAUGUGGCCCUUCCAAAUGACGAGACCAAACGGAAUAAUAAAUUAUUGCAGGUCAUUGAUCGUAUCAUCCAAACGUUGCAAAACAAGAGUACACUGUUCACCAAUUUGUAUCAAAAUAAAUUUUAUGGAGGGAGCUUUUACGACGGUUUGAAAGUCGGUAAACCCUCAGAGUAUGACUUGGAUUGCCUAUUGUGUCUUCCAAAAAUCGUGGAGCCCACCGUUAAGGUCAGUGACAAACCUGGCUACGUUCACAUCGUCCUCAACAAUAUGGAAGCCCUCAGGAAAAGCGAAAUAGAAGGACCAAAAUAUGUUGGUUUGGACAAUUUGUUGGUUGGAAAUCGCUUAUCAACGCAAAAAGUUAGAUCAUGGAUGGAAAGUUUAAUGACUUCGGCCGUCAUUGGAAACAGCACAAUGGAAAUAAAAAUGGAUGAUUCGGAUUCCAAAUGCGUCGUCAAAUACAAGGUGUUCAAAAGUGGACCAGCACUAACUCUCAAGUUGGAAGGCAACCUGAAUGGCCAGGACUUUAAAAUAGAUAUAGAUUUAGUUCCGUGUUUUACCUUUUUUGAUGAUCACUGGCCAGGAAAUGAAUAUCGGCCCAACCCAUCACAAAAAAAGAACACAUUUUUUGUCGUACCAAAAAGUCCCAGUGAAGAUGCGCCCCUGCACUGGAGGUUGAGCUUCCAGGAGCAGGAGAGGGAACUCCUCAGUGGCUACGCAGUCAUGAAGCCUACGAUUCGCCUAAUCAAAAAAUUGCGAGACAGACAUGAACACAAAAUCGCAAGUUACUACAUCAAGACUGUUUUCUUGUGGGAGUUAGAAAUGCUGGAUAAAAAUUUCUGGAAUAAGCCACUCAGCUUUGUGUUCGUAACGAUGCUGAGAAAAUACGCAGAAUAUAUUGAGAGAAAAAACAUACCCUAUUAUUGGAACGACUCCAAUAAUCUCCUUGGGGACUUAAAUGAGAUAACGGCCUCUUGUAUUGCCAACAAGUUAAAAAACAUCGUCGACCAUAUUGACAAAAUUUGCAAUUCAAAAUUGGGUUUCUACGACGUGGUCACCUAUUUCCUAAGAUCUGAAGAAGUCAACAUGGACACUUUUAAAGCGGAAGUACCUCUUCAAAAAAAAUUAAUGAAACAGAUGGAGGCCGCAAAACUACUAGAAUCCCCCCCUCAAGCUCAAACUCCUCAACUAACUGCGAAACCUCAAGAGCAUGUUUUACCGACUUCCGCGUCUGCAACGUCGUCUAGAUCGUCCAGUUUUGAAGACAUUUCCAAAGCCAUGGUAUCCGAACUUGCGAAACCAAGUUUUUCGCAAGAUUGUUCGAAAAUGUUGGUCAGAGUGGAAGCCCAAUUGAUUAUGGUGGCUUCAGAACAAAAACGAAUUUUUGGAUUGAUGGAGACGAUCCUUGAUAAAGUUGAACGAUGCGAGAGUCAGCUUCAAGAAUUGAAGACUGAAGUUAAUAAGAAAGCAAUCGAAGAUAUAGUGCGUAUGCACACACUGGAAAACAAGAUUACAGAGAUGGGGAAAAAAAUAGACAAUGCAAAGAACGAAGCGCCCUCUGUGGAUGAUCUUUUGGGUUUAACCCAUCGACUGACUAGUUCGUUGAAUUUCCAACCGUGAACUAUAUGUUAUUUAUAAUUUUACAAUGUGCUUUAUUAAAAUUUACUAUUAAAAUUGGUUUUUAGAUUA